AUGAAGAACAAAGUCAUCACCUUCGCUGCCGGCCCUACCAAGGUUCCCACCGAGGUCAAGGAAAUCAUACGCAACGAGAUGCUUGACUUCCAAGGAACCGGUCUGAGCAUUCUUGAGACGAUGCAUCGAUCCAAACAAUUCAUCAAGCUGAUUGAGACCUGCGAGAAGAAUGUUCGUCAGGUGCUGAAUGUACCCGAAAACUACAAGAUCUUAUUUUUACAGGUAAAUCAUGCAAAUCAUACACGCAUUAAACCUUUUCCGAAGGCAGUAUCUUUCAGCAAGAAGGACCUUUUAGAUUGA